AGUUCGGUCCGAAUUUGUUAACAGGUCCUCCUCCUCAUAUUUCAAAGUUGGUGAUUGAAACUCUGACAGAACUUUAUGGUUUUCGACGUCGCCUGCAAUUACUGAAAUGGGCAAAGGGGACAAACGAGGAAGUCAGCGCUCGGACAGUGGCUCGACAAACUUGGUGGGCAAGUUCACCCAGAGCGUUCGAAGGAUCGUCCAGGACGUCAAGGAUGAGGGAACCGCUAGCGGUCAGACGAAGGAGGAGGUCAUCGAAACUAAUGAGAGACUCCGGGCAGUGAGGGUCCGGUUGGACGAGUCGUACGACACUGCAAAAAAGGCCCUCGUCACCCUCAUGGGCAAGUAUAACGACAGCAAGAGCGUCCACAACAUCUUCCAGAGAUACAACUUGUUGAAAGCCAUGAUUAAGGAAGUGAUACGGUUAGAAACGCAAUAUUGGACGCUUGUCGAUAUCCCCAAGCAAGAAAAACAGGAAACAGUACCCGCCUUUGUUCUCAGGGCCUGUGCCAUCAUGGAAAAAACGCAGAAGUCCGGGGAGGGCGUAAAAACGUCGGCGAAGCUGGCCGAGGAGGCGCAGGAUAAAAGGGAAAGAAUAGAUCGCCUAGAAAACAUGACGACUUCGCAAAUCGAGGCGGAAAACACGCAGAUCACUAACGACCUCUACAGGCUCCUGAAAAAGUACUCCGGCUUGAGAAACCUCAUCCGGCAACUGAAAAUCGAGUACACCAACGCGAAAAUCUACCCCAUGGUGCUCCGCUACACGAUGCUGAAGGACAUGAUCAAGGACAUCAUGCUCCACCCCGACUACAUGGAGGUCUGCCACGAGGUGGACGCAUAGCCCAAGUCGUUCUCCUAGGUGGGAAACCGCCGCCGGAGCCUCAGACCCUAAUCUCCUCCACGCGGCACCUGGGAAACAAACGUCUUUAGCGACCUCGCUCGCCUCCUUCGACGGCUUGCUUACGACGUGCGGCCAAAUCGUCGUCGCUUUUUUGUGGAUUGUGACGAUACUCAAAGCAUCGCGUUUCGACCAACUCCGAGGCGCUUUUUUCUGUUGGCGGCGGACAAUACGGAAGUGCUGAUCAAAAGGGGCUCAAAUUCACUGCCACUAGUCGGGAAUCCGUGUCGAACAGUAGCGAUGAUUUUUUUCGUUCGGGAGGGCGCUUUGUGCGGGCAAUUAAAUUAUUUGGGAUCAUCAUGAACUGUUUUCUCAUUAAGUAACUCGGAAACGGCGCGUUUCUGUAACGAAUGCCCCAAGACUGAAGUAUUUAAUUAGAGACCUUCGUCAAAUAUUACCACCUUUGAUCUCGUUCUUUAUUUUAGGAGAAAUCGAUGACCGAGGGCACUCGCCAAUUAAACAAGCGGCAGUAAUGACGUUUGGCGCGUAGGUGCAUUUUGAGCAGGGGACUCUUUUGGCUGCAAAUUUUGACGCAGAGGGCUAUUUUAGGUGAUGCGGUGAGAGUGGAAGUCUGUGUAGAAAACGCCACUAUCAGAUAAAUGGAUAAACAUAGUAUAAACAUUUAUAGUUGUUUUUUUUUUUCAAUUUAAUUCGGACACUUUUAGUGUUGAAGACAGUGCUGCAAAUGCCGUGUACAUGCCAUUACUAUAUGAAAUUUUGUCCAGGAAAGGUUAAUAACCAGGAGCUUAAAAGCUUUUAUCACCCAAGCUGUAAAAUUUUUAUAACGAAUCAUUAUUUACUUGGUGUUUGUUCGGCACAUCCUGAUUUACGUCUUCGUCCUUCAAAGCUUCGAUUUAAUUUCCUUUCUGGACACAAAAGUCGUUUUGUAUAGAUUAACUACGCAUGUACGAGACGUACGACUAUGUGGCAAACAUAUUCGCGUUUUAUAAAUAAUAAUAACAAUAAUAGUAAUAAUAAUCAAAAAAGAUGGUAUCUGCUAUCAAAUUUGAUAUUUUAUGGUUUUGGGAGAAAAGUUUUAAAGUAAAAAAUGUUGUGUUUUAAGGACUAUAUUUCUAUUAGGUUGGUAAGAAAAAUAGAACGCUUGAAAAUUUCAAAAUUCUAAAUACCCUAAAAUAAAAGUUAUAUACAGGGUCGCUAGAAUGUAUGGAAACGGUUAAAUAUCUUGAGAACCAACUGUAAAAAUUAACUGAAAUUAGGUUUUUUUUGCUUCAUUUGUUUUCGAGAUGCUAGGCCAACUUGUUUUUUUUUUUUAAACGGCACUAAAAUAUUAUAAUUAAUGCAUGCAUAAUGGAGCUUUUUGUCUGAAUUCACUGUUAUAAUUCUCUAAAUUUAAUAAGCUCUUAAUUUUUUUUUUAAACAAUAAUUUUCGUCUUUUUUCUGCUGCAAUAAAUUUUCGUAAUACUAUUUUUUUUUAAUUAAUCAUCGAAAUGGAAGGUGGUGUGUGGGCGGGGUUUAUUAUAUGUUCUUCUCUAGAGU